CGACUUGGGUUCUGGAAAGCCUCAGGACUUUGUAGUUUGUAAACAAAUAAUUACAGGGAAAGUACACCUGAUUUCCAGGGAUGGCUAAACGUUUCAAGCUCAAGCUUUCUGGUGUUAUACCAUCUUUCCAGUUAUGUCGAUCAAAGAAACCUUCCAAUUUGCCAGAGGCUCCAGUCCCGGCAAUUCAUCUGAUUUCUCCGGUGAAUCCUAAACCGUUAGACAUCGGCUAUCCGAACUUCCCUGCCCCGCCACCGUCGACACCAGACUACUCUUUCAUCAAACGCCACUUGUCACCAAAGAUAGCAUCAGUCGGAUGCGGCUGCCGGGCAAGAUCAUGCACUGAUCAGUACUUAUCCCCGGACGUAAGCUUUAAGUCACCUGACUACUCGUGGAAGAAAGAAGCAACUCGGUUGAACAUAGUGGCAAAAGCUCAGAAGUCCAAGCUUCAAAGGAAAAACUAUGAAGCGCCAUUCUCUGAUGGGCGCAAUGGAGAUAUAUCGGUGAAGAAGAAGGAAAAGAAGAUGGAGAAAGUGAAGGCAAUCGCGAGCGUUUCGUCACGUGACAGUGGAUGUUUCACUAGCGAAGAAGCCGAGAAUGAAGAGACUGAAACCUUAAUCUCUACUUCAAGAAGCUUCUUGGACGAUUCAUCCAGUGAUGAGUUGGAUCAGUCACUGGAGAGUCUAACUGAGGGCUCCCACAUGGAAACCAAGAAGAACAAGAAAAAAGCAAACAACACGAAGAAGAUGAAAGGACGGAGAAGCUUCGGUUCAAAGAAAUACAGAGGAUCAAAUUCAAUGGUUUCGAAGACAAAAACUUCGGGAGCUCUGUCUUCGGAGAAUUCGAUGUUACGGCGGAUGAUGCCCAGCGCGGCGGCGGAAGGGAAGGUGUGGGAGAGCGUGGCGGUGGUGAAGAAAUCGGAGGACCCUUACGAGGACUUCAAGAGGUCGAUGUUGGAAAUGAUAAUGGAGAAGCAGAUGUUCGAAGCCAAGGACUUGGAGCAGCUGCUGCAGUGUUUUCUUUCUUUGAAUUCAAGGCAAUAUCACGGCAUUAUCGUGGAGGCCUUCACCGAAAUUUGGGAGGCCUUGUUCUGUGAUUAUCCCAUGAAUUGCCUCUGAAUUUCAAGCCUUGAAGAUGGGAAGGAAAUUGAAUUCGUCCAAGUUACUUAAUCAAGGUCGAAGAUAGAAUGAGGUAAGCUGUUGUAGGGAUAAUGGGAAGUAUAUUGUAUUCUUUUGUCCCUGUUAAUUAUUAGAGGGUGGGGGGGCAAUUAAUUAUAAAUAUAUGAUGUAAUUCUUUAUUCAUGAAUUAUUCAAAACAUGGAAUAACAAGGUACUAUUACACAAAUUAAUUUUUUAAA